AUGAAGGGUGUUGGUAAAGAAAUGACCAAGUACCUUAAUGAUUUUCAGUUUGGGGUCGGCGUGUCGGGUGGCGCUGAGGCCAUUUUACACAACGUCAAUAGAGUUCUAAGUGAACGUCACACUGAUGGGUCUCUUGCAAUGUUUAUGGUAGAUUUUUCUAAUGCUUUUAACCAGGUGGAUAGAUCAGCCUUACUUCGUGAGGUCAGGAUGAGGUGUCCUUCUAUUUCUUUGUGGAUUAAAUUUCUAUAUGGGCAGCCAGCAAGAUUGUAUCUUGGAGAUGGGCACAUUUGGUCUACCAUGGGAGUUCAGCAAGGGGACCCAUUGGGACCACUUCUUUUCGCUCUUGUUUUGCACCCCCUUGUGCAUCAGAUUAGAGACAAAUGCAAGCUUCUCCUUCAUGCUAGGUAUCUUGAUGAUGGGACUGUCAUUGGAAGUUCAGAAGAGGUGGCUAGAGUGUUGGACAUCAUUAGGGUGUCAGGUCCAACAUUGGGCCUUGAACUUAAUAUUAAGAAAACUGAGCUAUUUUGGCCUUCUUGUGAUGGUAGCAAGUUUCGUGAAGGGUUAUUUCCUAAGGACAUCAGGAGGCCGUUAGUGGGGGUGAAGCAUCUUGGGGGGGGGGCUGUUAGUAGAGACGCAAGCUUUAUUAGUGGGUUGGCAAAGAAAAGAGCUGCUAAGGCAGUAGAUUUGAUGCGUCUUCUACCGAAAUUAGGUGACCCGCAGAGUGAACUACUCUUGCUUCGAUCCUGUAUGGGCAUUGCCAAACUUUUCUUUGGCUUGAGGACAUGCCAACCUGUACACAUGGAAGAUGCAGCGUUGCUCUUUGACAAAGGUUUGCGUGAGGCGAUUGAGGAAUUGGUGGUUUGUGGAGGUCCUUUCUUUGGAGACCUCCAGUGGCGACUUGCUUCUCUACCUAUUAGGUUUGGAGGUUUGGGGUUGUAUUCGGCUGUAGAGGCUUCAUCCUACGCUUUUGUGGCUUCGAGGGCCCAAUCGUGGGUGCUACAGGACCACAUCUUAAGAGACAGUGGCAUAUGCGAUAUGGAUUCUGAUUAUGUUUGUGCUUUGGCUUGUCUUCGUGACACGAUUCCAAGCUUUGACUUCAGCGGUUUCACUAAUAAGGACACCGCCCCCCUAAAGCCCAUCACACAUUGGCGCGUGCUCUUUUUAGUAAAAUUGUCCACGAAAUCGAAGUGCAGUUUGACUUGA